CUCGCUCUCUCUUCUCUAUCUAAUUUCGAUUUUUCUUGAAUAUUUUUAUCCAUCCCCAAAUUCUGUGAUAUCCCCUACUAAAGUUUAAGUAUGUAAUAAACUUUCAAGCAUUUAUGAACAAAUCAAUUCUGUGGCUAUGUUGAUAUCAGUUGCACACACAUAAUAAGCUAUAACUAAGAUAUCAAACGGAAUUCAACGGCCACGAUGUCUUGGGAUGACGGAAAACACACGAAGGUGAAGAGAGUUCAGCUUACGUUCGAUGAUGUCAUCCGAUCUAUCGAGGUCGAAUACGACGGAACCUCCCUUAAGUCCCAGCCACGUGGCACCGCUGGCACCAAAAUUGACGGAUUUACACUGAGCUCUGAUGAGUAUAUAACGGAGGUGAAUGGUUACUACAAAACUACGUUUUCGGGAGAAGUCAUAACGUCGUUGACGUUCAAGACGAACAAAAGGACAUAUGGGACUUACGGAAAUAAAACCAGUAGCUACUUUUCUGUUGCCGCACCCAAAGAUAACCAGAUUGUCGGUUUUCUUGGAAGUAGCAGCCAUGCUCUCAACUCCAUCGACGCUCAUUUUGCCCCUGCUCCUCCUCCUGGUAGCACCGGAGCUAAGCCCGGUGCUAGUGGCAUCGGAAGUGAUUCUGGUAGCAUUGGUAGUGCCGGAACUAACCCUGGUGCUGAUGGCACCAGAGAAACCGAAAAAAACGCUGGUGGCUCAAAACCUAGUAGUGGUAGUGCCGGAACUAACCCUGGUGCUAGUGCUGUUGGCAACGGAGAAACCGAAAAAAAUGCUGGUGGCUCAAAACCUAGCAGUGGUAGUGCUGGAACUAACCCUGGUGCUAGUGCUGGUGGCAACGGAGAAACCGAAAAAAACGUUGGUGGCUCAAAACCUAGCAGUGGUAAAGCCGGAACUAACCCUGGUGCUAAUGCUGGUGGCAACGGAGGAACCGAAAAAAACGCUGGUGGCUCAAAAUCUAGCAGUGGUAGUGCUCGAACUAACCCUGGUGCUAGUGCUGGUGGCAACGGAGAAACUGUUUCCAACAUUGGAGAUACGGAAAGUAACGCUGGUGGCUCGAAAAGUAAUGAUGGUGCUAACAAUGGUGCUAGUGGCAUUGAAAGUAAUGCUGGUAGCACUGGAACUAACUUUGGUGCUGGUGGCACCGGGGGAAUUGGAGAUACGGAAAGUGAUGCUGGUGGCUCCAAAACUAACUCUGGAAACGGCGGAACUAACGAUGGUGCUAGUGGUAUUGGAAGUAAUGAUGGUAGCACUGGAACUAACCCUGGUGCUGGUGGAGGAACAGAUUCAAACAUCGAAGGUACUGAAAAUAACGUUGGUGGCAAGGAAACUAACCCUGGUGCUAGUGGCAUUGGAAAUAGUGAUGGUAGCACUGGAACUAGCCCCGAAGGUACCGAAAGUAACGCUGACGGCACAAAAACUAACACGGGAGGCAAAGAAUCUAACACCGGAAGUGAAUCCAACACCAAUUCUAGUCCACAAAAGUUGGAAGCACAAGGAGGCAAUGGAGGAAAUCAAUGGGACGACGGAACCGAUCAUGAUGGUGUGAUGAAGAUACAUGUUGCAGUUGGUGGUCUAGGAAUUGAGCAAAUUAGAUUUGAUUAUGUCAAGAACGGACAGUUGAAGGAAGGACCCUUCCACGGUGUCAAAGGAAGAGGUGGCACUUCAACGAUUGAGAUUAGCCAUCCGGACGAGUAUCUUGUUUCCGUCGAGGGGUUGUACGACUCUUCCAAUAUCAUUCAAGGAAUCCAGUUUCAAUCCAACAAACACACUUCUCAGUACUUUGGAUAUGAAUAUUAUGGAGAUGGUACACAAUUUUCACUUCAAGUUAAUGAAAAGAAGAUCAUUGGUUUCCAUGGUUUUGCCGACUCACACCUUAAUUCUCUUGGAGCUUAUUUCGUUCCAAUCUCAUCCUCUUCUUCCUCCUUGACUCCUCCUCCCAACAAAGUUAAAGCUCAAGGAGGAAGUUAUGGAGAAACAUUUGACGAUGGUGCUUUCGAUCAUGUAAGAAAGGUUUAUGUUGGUCAAGGUGAUUCUGGUGUAGCUUAUGUCAAGUUCGAUUAUGAAAAAGACGGUAAAAAGGAGACACAAGAACAUGGAAAAAUGACAUUGUCAGGAACAGAGGAGUUUGAGGUUGAUUCAGACGAUUACAUAACAUCAAUGGAGGUUUAUGUCGACAAAGUCUACGGUUAUAAAAGCGAAAUCGUCAUUGCUCUUACCUUCAAGACCUUUAAGGGUGAAACUUCUCCACGUUUUGGAAUAGAGACUGAGAAUAAAUAUGAAGUUAAAGACGGUAAAGGAGGAAAACUUGCUGGUUUCCAUGGAAAAGCUAGCGAUGUUCUUUAUGCUAUUGGUGCUUAUUUCAUUCCAGCAGCAAAUUAGAGAGUUUUUGAGUUUCAUUCUCUCUUGAUUACGUACGUAUACUAAGUUCUUGCUUAGGAAUUUGUCACUCGAAGUUUGAAUAAUUAAGCUUUUUAGCUUUUACUAUGUUUAGAUAUAUUUUAAGUUAUCAUGUGAUGUUUCUACUUUGAUGGUGUGUUGUACUUGUCAAUAGUAAUAAAGGAUCUUUGUUUUCAA